AUACAACAAUUCGAAGAAGAUAUUAAUAAUCAAGACGAAGGAGAGUUGUCAGAAUUGAAGAUAUAUAUCAAUAAUUAUCUCCAACAAAUUGCUAAAAUGGAACAAGAAAACACACAUCUUAAAGUACAAUUGUACCAAGCCAUUCAAGAAAAUAUACUACUUAAGAAAAAUUUGGAAGGAGAAAGAAAUAUCAACCACUGUCUAAACCAACAGAUUUUUGAUUCAGUAUAUAUUUACAAGAAAAAACUUCAAGAUGAAAAAACUCGAUUUCGAUCAAAUUAUCAAAUUCGUAUUAAUGAAAGCAAUAAGCAUUUUAUACUGCAUUAUGAAUACCUUCAAAAUUCUGAAUUGCGAGUUAAAGCAGAGAUGAAAAAGAAAGACAUUAGGAUAAAAGCUAUGCAAAUUCUUUUGAAUAAUAAAAACUUGGAAUGCGAAACUCAACAAAAAAAGAUUACUAAUUUAGAAACAAGUCUUAAAGAAUUACAAAAUCAGAAGAUAAUACUUAAAUCUAAAAUUAAUUCCAAAACAUCAAAUAAGCAUAUGGCACGGUCAAAUCAAAUACAAUAA